AUGGCCAGUUUCAGAUUCUUCCUUGCAGUCACUAUUUUGGUAACGUUUCAUCUUGCAGCAGACUCCUUUGCUUCUUCCAAUGGCUCAUCUCAGCUUGGCGACCAAUGCUCAAGGGACGAGGAAUGCAAAACUGGACUUGGUUGUUAUAAAUGCGGCCUUGAUGUUGCAAAAUGCGUUAGAUCAAAUAUCACAGAUCAAUUCUCCGUUGUGAACAACUCGAUGCCGUUUAAUAAAUACGCAUUUUUGACGACCCACAAUUCAUAUGCAAUUGAAGGAAAAGCGCUUAAUUUGGUGACCCAAGAAGAUUCUGUAACCCAACAACUUAAUAGUGGUGUUCGAGCAUUGAUGUUGGAUACGUACGAUUACGAAGGAGAUGUGUGGUUAUGCCAUUCAUUUGACGAACAAUGCUUUGAGUUCACCAAGUUUAAUAAGGCAAUAGACACAUUCGUGGAGAUAUUCAAGUUCUUGACAGCGAAUCCAUCAGAGAUAGUGACAUUAAUUUUGGAGGAUUACGUCAAAUCACCUAACGCGUUGACCAAAGUUUUCACCGAUUCCGGUUUAAAGAAGUUCUGGUUUCCGGUUCAGAAUAUGCCUAACGGUGGCCAAGAUUGGCCGUUGGUUAAAGAUAUGGUUGCCAAUAACCAGCGGUUAAUCGUCUUCACUUCAGAUAAAUCUAAGCAACAACCCGAAGGAAUUGCUUACCAAUGGAAUUACGUUGUAGAAAACCAAUAUGGAGACGAUGGGGUUAGGCCUGGGGAGUGUAGCAAUAGAGGAGAAUCUGCACCGUUAACCGAUAAAACGAAAGCUUUGGUUUUGGUAAACCAUUUCAGGACAGUUCCGGUUAAGAUUUUGACUUGUGAGGAGAACUCUCAACAUCUUCUCGAUACGAUUAAGACAUGUUACGUAGCCGCAGGAAACCGAUGGGCUAAUUUCAUCGCCGUCAACUUUUACAAGAGGAGCAAUGGAGGAGGAACAUUUCAAGCAGUUGAUAAACUAAACGGAGAGCUUCUAUGUGGACGUGAUGAUGUUCAUGCUUGUUAA